AUGCGGCCGGGAGCAAAGGCUGGGCUAUCUCUGAGACAGUUCUGGAUUGUUAUGCUUGGUCUCAAUAUUGGAAUGCUUCUAGCUGCGUUGGAUUUCAAUAUUGUCGCCACUGCUGUUCCUAUCAUCUCGUCUGAAUUCAAUGCGUACAAUAACUCCUCCUGGCUCGGAACCGGAUUUCUCGUCACCUUCGCUCUUGUUCUGCCAAUAUACAGCAAGCUGGGCGACAUCUUCGGUCGGCGGAGUAUGUUCAUGGUUGGGACUAUUAUCUUCAUUCUUGGGAGCGGCCUCUGCGGUGGUUCCAAGAGCAUGGACAUGUUGAUCUGGUCUCGUGUAAUUCAGGGCAUUGGGGGUGGUGGCAUCUAUGGACUGGUCAAUGUUAUCGUGACCGAUCUAGUACCUCUUCGCGAUGUGGGGAAGUACGUCUCAUUCACCGGUUUGGUCUGGGCAAUAGCUGAUGUUGCCGGCCCCCUCCUUGGUGGUGCAUUCUCCCAAUACGUUACUUGGCGUUGGUGCUUUUACAUAAACCUCUGUAUCUCCCCAAUCAGUCUUCUCAUCACUUUUUUCUUUCUCCGUAUUCCCAGUCCGAAGAUCGACAAAGAUCGUAUCAAGAACUUCGACAUCCCCGGCACCAUUACCCUCAUUGGAGGCACCGUCUGUCUCCUUCUGGCAAUUUCCUGGGGCGGCAAUACCUUCGCCUGGAGCGACUCUCGCGUGAUCGGGUGUUUCGUGGGUGGAUUUGCAUUGCUCGUGAUCUUUGUCGUCUGGGAACACUGGGCCAAGGAUCCCUUCCUGCCACCCGUCUUUUUGCGAAGCCGCGCCAUUAUUGCCAUCUUUUUCGCCGAGUUCUUUUACGGUGCAAAUCUCCUGGGUAUGAUGUACUACGUCCCGGAGUUUUUCCAGCUUGUCUAUGGUGACUCAGCCACCAUCUCAGGUGUCGCUUUGCUUCCGAUGAUGCUGGGCCUAGCCAUCGGCAACCCAAUCGCGGGCUGGGUCACUAGCAAGUACGGUCUCAGUCUGGCGAACGCAUGGGUUGGCUCCGUCCUGAUUGUUCUCAUCAGCGGUCUACUCACCCGCUGGAAUGCGGGAACCAGCCGCGCCGAGGCAAUUGUGGAGCUGAUCAUCAUCGGUAUCGGACAGGGUGCUGUGAUGGAAGGUCUACUUGUGGGGUCACAGUUCUCUGUCGAGCCCAUGUACAUCGGCCUGAUCACUGGGUUGGUGAUCUUCACGCAGACCGUGGGUGAUAUCUUUGGAAUCGCCAUCUUUGCCGCCGUUUAUCAGAAUGAGCUACGCUCCAAUCUGGGCAAAUUAUCCUUGACGUCGGACCAGGUCAGUGUCAUCUUGGCGGACGUGCAGAAGGUAAAAACAGAGUUCUCGGGUACCUUAUACCAUUCUAUCAUUAAGGUGUAUGCAAAGAGUUUGCAGAACGGUUGGUGGUGGUUGUUUGCCUGUGCGGCAUGUUUGUUGAUCAGUUCGGCGUGUGCGAAGCAGCGGAAAUUAUAAGCGAGGGCGUCCGCUUAGGAAACACUGACUUUGGCUUGGAUACUUGGGUGUCUCGAUCAACUUCACUCUUCUUCUAUCUCAGCUUCCUUUGUUUAUAUCUCUUCUAAUGACCUAGCC